GGGUUACGUGCACGGCGCGUGUUGCGAGACAGUGUUGUAGCUUCGAGCAGCCUUUUUGAGAUCCGUCGGUCUUCGUCCCCUGACGUCCAGCCCGUCAUGAGCUCAUCACGUGUUCGGGUGGACGUGCAGUCGACGACGAGGGUCUGCGUUUCUCCCGCAGGAAGCUCGACUUCUCCCCCACCCGCUGCCUAUCCCGCACCCAUUCCUGCACCCAUUCCUGCACCCCCUCCAUUGGAAUACCAGAGCGUAGAGUGCCAUUACGCAAGUCCUGGGCCCGCCGAUAUCCGUCGCUAUUCAUCUCGGGAAGUACGGCGUGGUGGUCGGGACUUGCCCUAUAGGGAACCUCCGCGAAGAGGCUACUCGCGGGAGACUUACGACCGAGACGAUAGUUCCCGUCGAAGGGAUGACUACGACUACGAAGACGACUAUGACCGACGGCCUCGCGAGGACCGACGGCCUCGAAAGCCCAGGUCUCGUGAACGAGACGAGAGUCCACCACGACACAGGCACCACCCUAAGCAUCACGAUGCACGGGACGUCGAGAGGUCCUACAAAAUUUACAUAACCAGGUCUCAAACCAAAGUUCCCUCUGCACCGAGCAUAUCGAGCAAAAGCAUGGUGGAUCAGGCUACACUCGACAAGCUGGAAGCUGGCUUCAAGAAGCUUCAGGACUCCAAGGAGUGUCAUUCCUUGCUGAAGAAGUACCUGACCCGUGAUGUUUUCGACAGACUCAAGACCAGGAAGACUGCCAUGGGGGCAACCCUACUGGACGUCGUUCAGUCUGGUAUGGAGAACUUGGACAGUGGCGUGGGACUGUACGCACCGGACGCAGAGUCGUACACUCUCUUUGCUGACCUUUUCAACCCCGUGAUCGAAGACUACCACGGAGGCUUCAAGGCAACCGAUCGUCACCCUCCCACAGAUUUCGGUGACGUGAACACUCUGCACGACCUCGACCCUGAGAACAAGUACGUAAUUUCCACUCGAGUGCGAUGCGGUCGCUCCCUCCAGGGCUAUCCGUUCAAUCCUUGCCUAACUGAAGCUCAGUACAAGGAAAUGGAAGAGAAGGUUCGGAGUACACUCAGCUCACUACAAGGAGAGCUCAAGGGAACUUACUACCCUCUCACGGGCAUGGACAAGAAAACUCAGCAGCAGCUGAUUGACGACCACUUCCUCUUCAAGGAGGGAGAUCGUUUCCUGCAGGCUGCUAAUGCCUGCCGUUUCUGGCCUACGGGUAGAGGAAUCUACCACAACGACGCUAAGACUUUUCUGGUCUGGUGCAACGAGGAAGACCAUUUGCGCAUUAUUUCCAUGCAGAAGGGCGGCGACCUCAAGACUAUCUACUCUCGCAUGGUGAACGCAGUGAAGCAGAUCGAACAGAAGUUGCCUUUCUCCCGGGAUGACCGUUUGGGUUACCUUACUUUCUGCCCUACAAACCUGGGAACCACAAUCCGCGCUAGCGUCCACAUCAAAGUCCCUAAGCUGGCUGCUGACCUCAAGAAACUUGAAGGAAUUGCAGCCAAGUACAACCUCCAAGUGCGAGGCACCCGAGGUGAGCACACUGAGAGUGAAGGCGGAGUUUACGAUAUCUCGAACAAGCGUCGUCUGGGACUCACUGAGUACCAGGCGGUACGUGAAAUGCACGAUGGUAUCUUGGAGCUCAUCAAGAUGGAGGCAGCUGCCUAAAACCCUCGCAACAUAGCCUAAUAAAAUUCUUUUAGAAUUCCCUGCA